AUGGCCGAAGAAGACUUGAGGCAUCGCAAGCCGCAGAUCCAAAAACGCCCCGUGGACAAGACCAACAAGAAGAAGAAGAAGAAGAACCUCAUCAAUGUGGCUCCCUUGGACACUCCAUUGCAUCGUCGUUUGGAGACGCUCAGUGUCAUGUGGCACACCGUGCUGAUUCCCAGUUUCUGCUGCUUGUUCCUCUUCAUUUUGUAUCUCGGCUGGCUCUCAUGGUUGAUCAUUGUGAUCCCUUACUUCAUAUGGCUCUACGGCUUCGAUCUCCACACCCCCACCAACGGCAAGGUCGUUUACCGUGUGCGCGAUGGCAUGAGAAACUUGAUCCUCUGGCGCUGGUUUGUCAAUUACUAUCCUAUCAGGGUUCAUAAAAAGUGCGAGUUGGAGCCCACGUUCACCACUGAGGAGGUUCUCGAGACUACGCCAGACGACGAGGAAGACUUAAUCUCGGAGAAUGCACGCACUGCGUUGGAUCGCUUCUUCAAAUUCCUCGGUCUUCGUAAGCGCUUGAACGAUUCUGACACUUCUACACCCGUUAAUGAUGAGGACGAUGCUCACAGUACAGACUCCAAGACUUCUUCCACCGUUCAGAGAACUCGUAAGGUUGCAGAUGGCCCUCGGUACAUCUUCUGUUACCAUCCUCAUGGGGUGAUCUCGAUGGGCGUCAUGGGCUUGUUCGCAACCAAUGCUUUGCGCAAUCAACCAUACCUGCCGCCAGCUAAGUUCUUGAAGCCAUUGUUCCACGAUCCCUCGAAGCACAAAGAGCUUUUCCCAGGGAUUGGUCAUGUUUUCCCUCUUACGCUCACCACACAAUUCACGAUCCCGAUUUAUAGAGAUUAUCUCUUAUCUUUGGGUCUCACAAGCGCUAGUGCUAAGAAUAUCAAGAGUGUGAUUAAGAAUGGUGACAACUCGGUUUGCCUUGUCAUUGGAGGAGCUCAAGAAUCAUUGUUAAACGAUAUGGUCGGUCAAAAUCUGCGUGUGGGAGUGGGCUACCAGGGCCAUGACUCGGAUGACGAGGAAUCCAGUGAGCUGAGGCCAAAGAGGCAGAUCAAGUUGGUGCUCAACAAGCGUAAGGGUUUCGUUAAAAUUGCCAUUGAGCUCGGUAACGUCUCUUUGGUCCCCACAUUUGCAUUUGGUGAAGCUGAUAUCUAUAGGCUUGCAAAGCCAAAGGAGGGUUCUCUCUUCCACGCAUUUCAGCUCGGUCUCAAGCGUUUGACCUCAUUUACCUUGCCCUUCUUCAGUGCAAGAGGUGUGUUCAUCUACGAUUUUGGCUUCUUGCCUUUCCGUACACCUAUCAACAUUUGUACUGGAAGGCCUAUUUAUGUUCCAGCUGGUUUGGUGCUGCAGAAUCCAGAUGAGCCUACUGAUGAAAAAUCAUCAGGCAAGUCAGAGGAGUCCAAGACGUCUCUGAGCAGUGACUCUCGCUUCUCCAUGUUCAAGGGCAAGGAAAAACCCAAGAAACGGAGCAGACCUCACAUUAGUCAAGAGCUCCUUGACCAUUAUCAUGGAUUGUACAUUGAAGAACUCAAGAAAGUCUACGAGGAAAACAAGCAUCUCUAUGGUUAUGGAGACGUGGAGCUUGUUAUUGUCGAGUGA